CUCACCCGGAACAUCGUGAACGAACAACAAUGAGGAGUUUGAUGAACGUAGCUGUUAUCGCCCUCGUCGUAUCGACGACGUGGGCCGAGGAAGCCGUGAAAACAGAGGAAAAGCUGAAGAAGAACGAGAAGCGUGGACUUCUCAAUCUGGGCUACGGUUACGGUUAUGACGGUGGUUACGAUAUUGGCCAAGGUGCUGAGCUUAUCAACGGCUUGGGAUAUGGCGCUGCCCCCAUCGCUCACAAUUAUGUUGCUCCCAUCGCACAUAGCUAUGCUGCCCCCGUCGCUCAUGGCUAUGCUGCACCUAUCGCGCAUGCUGCACCCGUUCACGCUGAGACUCACCAUGCGAAAAUCAUCACCGUGGAAAAAAAUGUUCCAGUGCCCUACCCCGUAGAGAAGCAUAUCCCCUACCCAGUCGAGAAACACGUACCUUACCCUGUUAAGGUUCCAGUGCCACAACCCUACCCCGUCGAAAAGGAAGUUGCAGUUCCAUACAAGGUCUACGUCAAGGUCCCAGUCCAUGUACCACAACCGUACCCAGUUGAGAAGCAAAUUCACGUCCCAGUACAUGUGCCAGUCGACCGCCCAGUGCCUGUUAAGGUCUAUGUGCCUCAACCUUACCCAGUCGAAAAACACAUCCCUUAUCCCGUGAAGGUUCCAGUCCCACAACCCUACCCAGUUGAGAAACAAGUUCCAGUGCCUGUGAAGGUCCCUGUUCAUGUUCCAGCUCCAUACCCAGUUGAGAAGGUCGUCCAUUACCCAGUCAAGGUUCCAGUCGACCGCCCAUACCCUGUCCAUGUUCCUCAGCCCUAUCCAGUUGAAGUUGCCAAGCCCGUCCCAUACCCAGUUGAGAAGCAGAUACCAUACCCAGUGCAAGUACCCGUAGACAGGCCGGUACCAGUCCACGUCGACAGGCCCGUGCCAGUGCCCGUAAAGGUGCCCGUGCCAGCUCCAUAUCCAGUUGAGAAACCAGUGCCGGUACCAGUGGAACAUCCAGUGCCUUAUCCCGUCAAAGUCCCAGUUGACAGGCCUUAUCCCGUCCAUAUUGAACGACAAGUCCCAUACCCUGUUGAGAAACCAGUCCCAUACCCCGUUAAGGUACCAGUUGCCGUGCCCGUCGUCCAUCAAGAGCACUACAGCCACGUACCAAUCAAGUCCCAUGGAUGGCAAUAAGCCAUUGACAGUCACCGUCAUCGACUCAUCACAACGACGAAGUGCCUCAUAACAAUAAUCUACGACUAAGGAUCAUUACAUAUUGUCUUU